AUGGGCACGAACGUCGCCUCACGCCACCAUCUUCAAUUCCCCUUCCCGUCGUCCUCGCUUUCCCCUCGCAAUGCCUCCACUUCAUCCUCCCGUCGCCCCCACUUUCCUUUCCCGUCGCCUUCAAUCACACCUGCCCAUCGCCUCCACUCCCCCCUCCCGUCGCCUCCACUUCCCCCUCCCGUCGCCUACACUUCCCCCUCCCGUCGCCUACACUUGCCCCUCCCGUCGCCUACACUUCCCCCUCCCGUCGCCUCCGCUUCCCCCUCUCGUCGCCUCCACUUCCCCCUCCCGUUGCCCCCACUAUCCCUUCCCGUCGCCUCCGCUUCCCCCUCCCGUCGCCUCCACUUCCCCUUCCCGUCGCCUCCACUUCCCCCUCCCGUCGCCUCCACUUCCCCCUCCACUCGCCUCCACUUCCCCCUCCCGUCGCCUCCACUUCCCCCUCCCGUCGCCCCCACUAUCCCUUCCCGUCGCCUCCACUUCCCCCUCCUCUCGCCUCCACUUCCCCCUCCCGUCGCCUCCACUUCCCCCUCCCGUCGCCUCCACUUCCCCCUCCCGUCGCCUCCACUUCCCCCUCCCGUCGCCUCCACUUCCCCCUCCCGUCGCCUCCACUUCCCCCUCCCGUCGCCUCCACUUCCCCCUCCCGUCGCCUCCACUUCCCCCUCCCGUCGCCUCCACUUCCCCCUCCCGUCGCCUCCACUUCCCCCUCCCGUCGCCUCCACUUCCCCCUCCCGUCGCCUCCACUUCCCCCUCCCGUCGCCUCCACUUCCCCCUCCUGUAACACCUCGCUACCCACUGGGUCAAAACGAGGGUUGCGUUACACCUCCCGUCGCCUCCACUUCCCCCUCCCGUCGCCUCCACUUCCCCCUCCAGUCGCCUCCACUUCCCCCUCCCGUCGCCUCCACUGCCCCCUCCCCGAAAGGUGAGUUUAAUGUCGUUCUUGCGAGGGUGGGCCGUCGCCAACCCUUUCCCUUCCCGUCGCCAGAACUCCCCCCUCCACUCUCCAUAACGUGUCCACUUUCCAUACCUGCAUCCACUUUCCAUACCUGCCUUCACUUCCUGCUCACUCUCUUCGCCCCACUUUCCCCCGCUCUCGCCCGUUUUCACUCUUAUCGCUCUCUUUCCCCCUCUGCUCAAUCCUCUUUUCCCGGCUCACUCCCACGCCCACUCUCUCCAACCCUGCUCACUCUCACCCGCCCUGCCCACUCUCUUCCCCCAUGCCCACUCUCUUCCCCCAUGCUCACUCUCACCCGCCCUGCUCACUCCCUCCCCCCAUGCUCACUCUCUCCCCCGUCUGAUAGAAUUCAAGAGUAG